AUGGCAAAAGAGAAGACAGCAAAAAAAUCCGCCACUGCCAAGAAACUUACACCAUAUAACAAGUUCAUGAAAACUGAAAUCAUAAAAGUAAAGGCAGAAAAUCCAAAUCUACAACACAAAGAAGCUUUUAAAAUGGUUGCUCAACGUUGGAAGGAUUCGUGA